AUGUCUCCACCGAAGCCGGCAUCUCCUAGGAUGCUCUCGGUGAUAGGUGUCGGCAGCAUGGAGUCUGAUGGACCAAGUUCAAGACCAACAACAACCGUCGCCACUUCUCCAGCCCCAGGAGCAGCGGGAAGCCCAGGCAGAAAAGUCUUUUACGGAUACGUCAACCGUCAACGAUCCUUUGCGCACAGCCAUCCCGCGGAAAGCUUCAGCCUUCAUGAAUUGGGGGGAUCAAUGUGGAAGGCAGAGGAGCAGAGACUGGGGGAAAUCACAAGCAAAAUGGAAAGAGGCGUCUUGAAUCAGGAGCCACCAGAUCUUCCAUCAUGUUGGAACAAGUUCAAGGCUUGUGAUUUCCCCCCUCCCCUCAUGGACUUCUCCCCCGCAAUCCCGUUCAAGAUAGAGUUCAGCCCGCAUCAACCCAGCACCGCGAAACCACCUCACCUUACCUUAAGGCUUGUGCUUGGUAUUCGAACCGCAGCAGUAACAGGCACGGUCGUUGCUCUACUAUAUGACUGCCCUAUCUACUCUAGCCCAUCUCUGAGGACCAUCCUCCGUGGCGGGAUACUACAUCAUCCUAGUCGAGCCCGUGAUCGAGUAUCUCGCACUGCAUCGCAUUACAUCGCAUCGUCCGCUUCCGCCUGCGUCUCUCAGUCAUUAAUCCGUUCAUUCGCCAGAAAGGAAAGACAUUCCGCAACUGGGCAGGCCAAUAUCCGUACUGCUGGUACGGAUAGCGCAAUCUUGGUCCUCUCCCAAGGCUUCCGUGCAUUGGCUCUUGAGCUUCUUUCCCAGGAUCACACAGCCAGGGGCGGUUUGAUGCGAUCCAGUACCAUGCGGAGAAACGGCCCAGCGUCUCUCGCUGACGGCGCAUCAAGGGAAAAGCAGACACGCAGGCCCAUUAUGACAACCUGCCCCCCAGGAACCAGCACCAAGGCACGCCGCACCAUGACAUGCUGCCUUUUUUGUGAAGAGUUGGCUCGACGGAUACCUACCCCACACUGCGAAACGCUCGACGGCGAGAAGGCCGACCUCUCUCCUCCGUUUCCGCCGCUCAGGAUUCGCCCAUUCCAGCCUGUCAAGCACUGUGAGCGUGUGCUUCCGAACCUGCCACAGCGGUCGCUCGAGCCGCUGAUCCGCAAAGACCCUGAAGGCCUUUUGGCCUUUGCUGAGUCGCGAGACGAGAUGGGGGAAGAUGUACCGGUACUUGGCACAUGGAGGCCCUCAGUUACUGCUUUUGGCGACGUUUACCGCGAGGCUUUACGCCUGACGCUUGUGCCUCUGCAAGUACCUCCCCGCAAUGACAAACACCAGGUCAAGCAGGCUGCUGGCUGUUGA